GGAAGGCCACCUCAACCUGUUGUCGAUCCUCCUCAUUUAACUGUCAACGAGGGCGAACCGGCCGCUUUUCGUUGUUGGGUCCCAGGACUCCCGGAUUGUCAGAUUACCUGGCAUAAGGAACGUGUUGGAGGUGCUCUUCCUCAUGGUGUAUACCAGACUGGCAAUGCACUUAAGAUCCCUAAAGCUCAAAUGCACGAUGCUGGAAAUUACAUAUGCACAGCUGUCAACGACUACGGUAUCGGACAAUCUCCAUACGCGCGUUUGGAUGUUGUGCGACGUAAGUCAUUGCGAGUCUUCUCUCAGAACUGCCAUACCAUACCAAGGCCUGCAACUGACCGCAUACGCAAACUUUGUUUAGCCGUGCAACGCCCACGAGUUGAUCCGAUCGAGCAGACUGUGAACGACGGAGAACCUGCUCGUUUCAGAUGUUGGGUGCCAGGAAAUCAAAAUGUGGAGCUGAAAUGGCAACGAGCUGGACAUCAACCGCUUCCUUCAUCUGUUCAGGAGCAGCAGGGCAUUCUUCACAUUCCUCGGGCAACGCAACACGAGGCUGGACAGUACGUGUGCACUGCCACAGAUCCGCGAGACAAUAGACCACAGGACUCUGAUCCUGUCACGCUCCAUGUUCGCCGACCAGAGCCUAGACCUCAACUUUCAAGGCCUCAAGUUGAUCCUCCUGAGCAGACAGUAAAUGAAGGUGAUCCGGCACAGUUUCGCUGUUGGGUACCUGGAAAUCCUCAGGCUAUUCUCCGAUGGACUAAGCAGGGCGGACAACCUCUUCCUGAGGGAACCUUGGAGCGAGAUGGUUUUCUUCGCAUUAACAAUGCUAAGAUGUCAGAUGCAGGAGAUUACAUCUGUACUGCCACUGAUCCACGAGGAGGUCCUCCAAUUGAAGCACCACCCGCAAGGCUUAAUGUCAAGCCGCGUGAGCAGGAUACGAAUCCUAUUUUUAGUUUAUAUCUCUUAUCUUGUGAGAAGAUACUAGACCAUAGAAUAAAGCUCAGCGCAACUGUAGCCAGUGCUUUGAUUGAACGCUGGUAUCCUAUAACGUAAAG